AUAACAACCUAACCUCUUUUUAAAUAUUAAUUUUCACUCAUUACUCAUUUCAGUUUGAGCGUUGUGAUUAGUUUGGCAUUGGCAGUGUGAUAAAAAUUUAUAAAUCAUAUUGUGAAAAUGAGUGUGCCAUUGCCUCCAGGAACUGGCAUCGAAAACAUAGACGCAGAUCAGAUCAAAACGUUCAAAGAUUUUUUAAUCUCCUAUAACAAAUUGACGGAACUAUGCUUUACUGACUGUAUAUCAGACUUCACGACUAGAGCCAUCAAAGGAAAAGAGGAGAAAUGUGCUCUGAACUGUCUAGAGAAGUUCCUCAAAGUGAACCAAAGGAUAUCUCAACGUUUCCAAGAGUUCCAAGUACUAGCUAAUGAAAGUGCGAUAGCAGCUGCUCAGAAACUGGAGAAAGGUGCAGGUUGAACACAAAGUUACUGAGAGAAUCUGUUUUAUUUGCAUUUGUUAGAAGGUAGUAAUACUUUGUUGAAAAUAAAUAAUAGAAACUU